GUCCUUAUGACGCAGCGGAAGUCUCUUCUUCUUCCUUUCCUCCAUUAGGUGAGUGCGUGGUGGGAGCGCGAUCUCCUCAGCUCUCUGUAAAUGAGGCAAAUAAAAGCUUAUUUUCACAUAUCGAGUCACUGAUUUCAGCUUGUAACACCUUUUUAUUUGUUAAUUUACAGAUUGCAACCAUGGGCCGCCGACCAGCCCGCUGGUAAGUCCUGUUUUUAUGUUUGUGAUCUGAGCCGAGUCUGGGCAAAAUGGCUCCGGGUUCAGAGUCACCAUGUGGACGGAGCCGGCAGGCCCCUGACUGUAUGUAGGGCUAACGUAGAGCAAGAAAACUGACCUUUUUGUACAGGAUACAGGUGGAUUAAUGUUUGAAUCUGCGUAAAGUAUGUUAAUGUGACUGCAGCAAACUCGUUGUUGAAGCUAACGUUAGCUAACAUGAAGCUAACUCAGUCAGGACAGAAGUCUGAAACUUCGACAGAGUUACUUAUGGGAACAGUUUGUUUCAUAUUAUAUACUUGUCAUAAUUCCUGUGUCAAGUGCGUUAUUAAUAUUUUUCGGAGUUAACGUUUCAGACCUCACUGUCUCACUUGAGGACAGAGUCACAAAAAAAAAACUCUAGUCUCCUCUAAAGUCUAAAUGACAACCCUGAUCUCAAUGAGAUCUCUUAAGAGUCUAAAUAACGCUGAAAGAUCACCUGUAUACUUACGUUGUUGCAGUUGGACUUUCAGAUGGACUGUAAAGUCUUGAAUCAGAUCUCAGUCCUGACACAUGGGCACGGUGCAGUAAAAAGCUGAUGGUUUGAUUCCUGCUCAUUUCAUUAACCUGAAAACCACUCUGCGAUCUCUUCAUUUACAUGUCUGUGCGAUCUAAAGUCUACAUCCCUCAAACUCACACCUGCUGCUGAAAAUCAUGACAACACUGAGUGUGGAUCAUGACUUAAACCAGUAAACAAGCUGCUCCCUCAUCAUGUCAGCUUUAUAUUAGUUUCACCAGCUGAAGCAGAGGUCUAAUGUUGAAAAUGGCAGGCGAUGAAGGAGCUCCCUGAAUUUGUUAAAUACAGACUUAUAAUAUUGGGAGACAUGAUUAAUUUACCUGAAUGUGCAUCUUAGCAUGAGCUCAGCUGGAAUGUUGUACUAGUUAACAUGGCUGCCUUUCAGUGGAUGAGCUUCCGUCUGUGUCUGAAGUGUCUUUGCUGUAGGGCGCCCAUUUGGCCAGUGGAGCAGAUCCCAUAAGUCCAACUUCUGUGUAAUGAAACUCCCAGAGACUGAUGUUGCUGUUAAGAUCUGAAUUUCAUGUACCGUAUCAAAUCCAGAAACCUCAGAAAUGUAUGACCUGUCCUAGUUGCAUCAGGUUCUUGACACUCAAGCCUAGACCUGUCUCUGUAUUGUAUUUGUGGAUAGUAAGAAGACGACAGAGUAUUUCCAAAGUAAAGCAGCUGCAGUGAUCAGUGACCGUUAUGAUUCAAAUCUCAUGUUUUAAUUCUCUCCCACAGCUAUCGCUACUGCAAGAAUAAACCCUACCCCAAGUCCCGCUUCUGCAGAGGAGUGCCUGGUAAGCUGAUCUUGUACUUGAUUCAGCAUCAGUGUUAUCCUCUCAGUGAUGGGAGUCUGUUGGAUCUGUCAGUUUAAACCGUUCAGUUGUUACGUUAUGUUAAGUUUUUUGGCUCGUGAACAGUGUGUCUAAUGUAACGAGUCUUUCAUUCUUGGCUCUGCAGCUUAUUAAGCCGACCAGUUGUGCUUUCUGUGCGUCUCUGGUGUGCAAAGGCUGCAGACAGUGACUCUGUGGUUGUGUAUGUCCUCAGCUGGGAGGUGCUGAGUGCUUUAAGGGACCGCUGAGACAGAGUUAUUGGACAUCAUUAACAGCUCACACUUUGUAUAUUAGCAUCAGUGUUAUCACAGCACCUUUGCACCAACACACUGAACUCCACAGCAGUGUGACAUUUAUGUCCCAGAGUUCAUGUGGUUCUGCAUAUCCACAUUCAGACUUGCCCUUAGUUCUCUUUCAUCUCUCUUGAAUCAGGUUUUGCUGUAAACUUCAAGUGUCAAGUGUUUCAUUUCUCCUUCCUUUUCUCCCUGAAUUUAGAUCCUAAGAUCAGGAUCUUCGACUUGGGCAGGAAGAAGGCCAAGGUAGAUGAGUUCCCUCUGUGCGGCCACAUGGUCUCUGACGAGUACGAGCAGCUGUCUUCAGAAGGUGAGAACACAGUGAGCUGACGGGACCCCUGCAGAGAUAGUAGAAACCUUUGUCUCUUGAUGCUUUCUCAAACGCUUGAUAACUCUCUGAAGCUCUAACAUCUUCUACGUCUCCUCCUCUAUGCAGCUCUGGAAGCUGCCCGUAUCUGUGCUAACAAGUACAUGGUGAAGACCUGCGGAAAGGACGGUUUCCACAUCCGCAUGCGUCUGCAUCCCUUCCACGUCAUCCGCAUCAACAAAAUGUUAUCAUGCGCUGGAGCUGAUAGGUGAGAAUCUGAGUGGAUCUGCUGCUUCAUGCUCACAUAGAAACUUUCAAAGUUACAGGUCAGGGACGCAAAGGUUUUAGGGGCAAAUUUUUACAAGCGAGAAUGUGUCUGUGGAGAAUAAAUAACAGUUUUUACUUAAAUAACUUGUACUUUUCCUUUGGUUGUUAUAUGUCAGAAUUCAGAGUCACCACAAGGUGCUUUGUGUUGUCAUUAUAAAGUAUUUAUAUACAUUAAAAAUUCUAAAUAAGUUCACAUAUUCAUCAUUAAUUGCCCUCUGCAGGCUCCAGACUGGGAUGCGUGGUGCUUUUGGCAAACCUCAGGGCACCGUGGCUCGUGUGCACAUCGGUCAGGUGAUCAUGUCCGUUCGUACCAAGGCCCAGAACAAGGAGCAUGUGGUCGAGGCUCUGCGUAGAGCCAAGUUCAAGUUCCCCGGACGCCAGAAGGUAAAAAAAAAAACACCUUAUAUCUGAAUCUGCACUGGAAUUCUGAGGUCUUUAUUCUCUCUUUAGCUCUCUGAAGGAUCAGGGUUUUUUUGAAUGUUUAAUUAUGCAUCUUUAUCAGCGUUUUAGCGGUUAAUCUCUGCAGCUUAUUAAGCCGACCAGUUGUGCUUUCUGUGCGUCUCUGGUGUGCAAAGGCUGCAGACAGCGACUCUUUGGUUGUGUAUGUCCUCAGCUGGGAGGUGCUGAGUGCUUUAAGGGACCACUGAGACAAACAGCGACUACCUCAGAUCUGUAAAUGUGUUUUUAGUACAGUUAAAUGCUUCUUUAAUAACCCUGACUUUAUACCUCCUUCAGAUCCAUAUUUCCAAGAAGUACGGCUUCACUAAGUUCAACGCCUGCGACUUCGAUGACAUGAUGGCGGAGAAGCGUCUGAUCCCUGACGGCUGCGGCGUUAAGUACAUCCCCAGCAGAGGCCCUCUGACCCGCUGGAAGGCUCUGCACGCCAACUAAAGCUGCCGCAGGUGUUACAUGACAACCAAUAAAGUGGGGUUGAUUACAAAAGUGAU